UAAGAAAUUCAAAUACAGAGCGAAUGAAAAACAAAAAAAUUAAAAGAACAAAACCCUAGGGCCUCUCCUUUCCCUCUUCCCAAAUUUGUUCCCUCGCUAUCGCCAUCUCCCUCCGUUUUCGUUCUCCCUGUCUUUCUCUCUCCCAGGAUGAUUUCCGCUUCACAUUUUGUGGCUCGAUAGUGUUGAGCAUCCGAUGUUGCUUGGGCUUAUGAUUGCUACUUUUGGGAUGGUGUUUUAAAUAUUUGGAACUGACUGUUUCAGGGCUCCAUUUAUGGUUGCUUUAGCCAUUGUAUCUCGGUUGUCCGCCUAAGCAAAGGAAUUCAAAGUAGAACUUGUCACUACUGAAGGGAGAAGAAUUUUUGCUAUCAUAUACAGGGAAACAGGACCAAGAUAUAUGGGGAAGGUAUUGCCCAAGGGUGAUGAUUCAAGAACAUCAAAGCGGAAAAAGAGAUUGAGAAGGUCGGGCAACAAGUAUUUAAAGCCAGGGGCUCUCGUUCAAUUACGUUACAGUAAAGCGUCAGCUGCCAAGCCUUGCACUGAUCUCGGGAAAAAACGUGUGGCUGUCAUAGAUACACAAAAAACUGAGAAUGAUAUUGCAGUGGAACAUAAAGCUUCUCAAAGUUCGCUAAUGUUGUCGCCUGUCGACAUUGUUAAGCAGAGUAAUUUGGUGAGGACAACGAAGAUCCAUGACAUGGAAAUAGAGAAUAAGGCUUUUAACAAAAGCCCACUAAUGUUAUCACCCGUGGAUAUUGUUAUGCAGAGCACUUUGGUAAGGACACCAAAGACACCGCAAGCUGAUCCAUGCAAUUCAGAGUCGAGGCUCGAGUCUCUGCCCAUGGAUUUACUGGUUAAACUUCUCUGCCAUCUGCACCAUGACCAACUUAAGGCUGUUUUUCACGUUUCUCAAAGGAUAAGAAGAGCUGUUUUGCUUGCGAAGCAUUACUAUUUCAAUUAUACAACACCAGACCGUUCAAGACAGGAAAUGUUGAGUGCAACGACCCCAAGGCCAAUAGAUCAUUGGCCAUUUGUUAGCAAAGCAGAUGGAAACCCUGCAUUUGUGCCGAGGCUACACACCCCUAAAGCACCAAGGCAUGGUCCUCGACCACCUUCUCGGAUCAAAAUCGCGGAGAUGAAGCAAAUUGCUGCCGUUCUCUUUCAAGACCAGACAUUUUCUUCGAGAUGCAUGGUUCCUUCGGUUAUCCAAAAGCCUUUGUGCAAAUCACUGGCUUCAAACCGGGUGCUCUUCUAUGAGGAUGAGUUAUGUCAAGCCGUUGCUCAAAACAAGCUCCGCUGAUUGCUCCAUACUGCAGUCGCCUCAUCCAGUUUUCCUCCCCUCUGUACAUAGUUGGUUUGUCGUCGUCAUCAUCAUCAUAAUAAUAAUAAUCAUCAUAAUCAUUGUCAGCAGUUGUUAAAUAGAACAGGCUAUAUAGUAAUAGUAAGAAUCAUGCAAGUUUUGUAGCAGUGCCAUUUCAGGGUCUAGGUUACAUGGGAACCUCGAAAGUCUGCAAUUAGGGUUUCAAAGGGUUUCAGGCAAAUGGUUGUCAGAUUAAGUGAAGUCUUUGAACUGAGUCAGUUGUGUGUAUAUUUUUUGCUACACCUGUCUGAAUAUGAGUGUUUGAUUGGUUGCACUUUUGAGUUGAGAGGUUCACCAUUUUGGAUUCUGGAUCUCUUCCCUCGUUCAUGGGUUUGAUUUGGUGUUUGAUGUUUUGAUUUGCAUCUCCAAUUUGUGAUGGAGAAUUGCUAAAUUUGCUGUCGAAGAGGUCAAUUUCAGGACCAUUUUGUAGUAAAGUAUAUGCAUCUUUAUGUUUUUUGUUC